AUCGUUCCAUAGCCUAACAUAGAUACUUUCACUUUCUUGUACUUCUGUUAUGUACAGUACUAAAGCGGAAGUGAGAUCAUGCCUUGUGUAAGUGUGAGGCUUGAUACUAGCAGAGAGGAAUUGAUGUUGUCAAAUGUUGAGUUCCUUGUCAGACAAGCGAAGCUUUUAAGUCAUUUAUUUAAUAUUGCUCUACGGACGCUAUAUGUAACGAGCUGAGGAUUGUGAAAUGUCUAAGCCGCGUGACUUGUGCAAACUAGCAUCCAUGGAUCGGAACCCAUCUCCCCCUCCUAGUGAAGAAGAUGAGAAUGGGGAUGAUGCCAUUGGAGACACUAUCUACAGUAAACACUGGGUUUUCAGCAUUCUGUCAAAACUUGUUGAGGUUGCUGUUGUUGAAGCAAAAGAAUGUGAUGGCUCAGGAGAAAAUGAGGUGUGUGAAGAGCUGGAUGAAGAGUUAGAAACAGAAAUUUGUAAAAUGUGGGACAUGUCCAUGAAUGAGGAUGUUGCAUUAUUUCUGCAGGAGUUCAAUGUUCCUGAAAUACUUUUGGGUGUUCUUGCCAAAUCAAGAAGUGCCCGUCUUACGGAGAUAUGUGUUGGAAUUCUUGGUAACAUGACAUGUUUUCAUGAGACAUGUUUGUUCAUCAGUAAAUAUGAAGAGCUAGGGGAGGUGCUGCUUCUACUUUUGGGAGACUCUGAUUCUCAAACAAUUCUUGAAACGUGCAGGUUACUGUCAACUUGCUUGUCCCAUCAGGAAGCAGCUGCUAUCUGGACUGACAGAAUUCGAAAUCAACCAUCUGUUUGUGAUAACAUUUGCUUUGUUAUGUCAAGCUCUACAAAUGCUGAUUUGCUUGUAAAAGUGGGUGAGGUGGUGGAUAAACUCUUCGAUCUAGAUGAAGAAAUGAUAUUGAUGUGGAUCAAACCUUGUGCACCUUCAGAUGCUGCUCCACCAGGUAGUACUGAAGAGAACCCAAGCACAAAACCAGAGCUUGUCCAUUCUGUACUGGAAGCAGCCAAACAACUACGAUUAGAGCACUGCUGUGAAGGACUUGAUAUCUAUAUGCAUAUUCUCCAGUUACUAACUACAGUGGAUGGAGGAAUUCAUUCAUUAGUAUUUCCACUGAAAGUAGGUCAAGCAACUUGGAGUUUGUUGUAUGACAUCAUUUGCCAUGAUCUUUGUCAACCUGAUGAUCCCUCACUCAUCAUUCAAGAACAGAAGACCAUGCUGGCCUCCAUCUUGUCUGUGUUCUCUGCUAUGUCUUCUGCACAGCUGGAGGAGGAUUACAUGAAAAUUGAUCAAAAUAUUCCUCUUGUUGGAAGUCUGAUGAGAAUAUUGCAGUUUUUGGAAGAUUGUCAGAGGACAUCACCUGAAGGUUCUGACCAGAUUCUGACAAAGAAUAGUGAGGAAUUUGAUCCAGAGGAGGACAUGAAUCUAAAAGAACUGAAGGAUAUAUGUGCAGAAUUUCUGUCCACUGUGCUAUCUAAAAUGUCUCAAGAUGAUGUUUCAGAAGCUCUUAAACAAGGAUUUUUAUCUGAGAAGACCUGUAUCACCGCAUUCCGAAAUUUACUUCCAUUGUACAUCACUUCUGUGAAGAUCUUUAUUGCUGUUCUUGAUGCUGUAGAUCAUGGUGUUGCCAGCAGUUUAGGAAAGGAAUUCCCCUCUCUGAAACCAUAAAAACAAGAGUAUGUGGCAUGAAAGCCAAGGGAAAGAGAACACAGAGGAGAAGACCUUAUUUUUUUUUUGUACUGUUAAAGGCUUCUCUGAUGAAUGCUGUUACAGAUUCACAUAGAUCUUCAAAUAUGCAGAUGAAGGCACAUCAAAGAAAUGAGUGGACAACAUAUCUUCAGAAAGAUAGCCUGAGUAUGUCACUCUUACACAAUCUUUUAAAAUAUAGUUUAAAGAUGAAAGACCGGAGGUGAUAUAGCUCGGUUGUUAAGGUGCAACACGGAACAAGUCUCAUAAUUUCAUUAUGCCUGAUGCUGUUCUGUAAAAGGAACUGAAACUAAAUGUCAGGUUCAAGGUUCUUGACAGUUGAAUAUGCAUGAUACCUGUAAACAAGAGUUGUUGACACUAUCACAGCGGAGACGUUUACUAGAAGCAGGAUUCUGCUGAAAAUUGGAUAUUACAUUGCAGCUGAUCUCUUCUGGUACCUCAGACAAAAACACAUUAAAAGAUGCUACCAUUAUCAAACAUAACGUGGUUCCUAUAUUUUCAAGAUAAUCAUCAUAGAAUUGCGAUUAUUUUGCUACCUCCUUCUUGAGUGCUUUGAUUUAUAUUUUUCUAUAUGUGUAUUAAACAUCAGUAGGCCUGUA